CUGGCCUGGAGUCGUCCUUGGGGAGGCCCUGCUUCAGAGAGUCUUCCUCCCUCUCCUUCUCCCCGCAGGUCAAGUCCAAAGCCGCAAAUGCAUCGAAGAGGUCAUUCACUUUGCUUGGGAAGAGCGUCUCUUCCUCAUGGCCGAUGAGGUCUAUCAGGACAACGUCUAUGCAGAGGGCUCCAAGUUCCACUCCUUCAAGAAGGUCCUUUUUGAGAUGGGUCCCAAGUACUCAGAAACGGUGGAGCUGGCCUCCUUCCACUCCAUUUCAAAGGGCUUCAUGGGCGAGUGUGGUUUCCGUGGAGGCUACAUGGAAGUGGUUAAUAUGGACCCCUUAGUCCAGCAACAGCUGACCAAGCUGGUCUCCGUCCGUUUAUGCCCACCAGUGACUGGUCAGAUUCUCCUGGACGCUGUGGUCAACCGGCCCCAGCCAGGGGACCCCUCCUACCCGCAGUUCAGCCAG